GGACUUUUCAAAAAAAAAUUCAGACGCUCUCAAACAGAGUCAUUUUAAAUUCAGACAAAUGGAAUAUAACCAUAAUUGAACUUAUAGUCCAUUGAAGCAUACACUAGUGUAUUAAAGAGUUAUAUCGAUGACAUAUAGUGAUUAUGAUUAUUCUGAUGAAGUGUAUUGGAAAGAGUACAGAUGAGCGUCGUUGUUUCUUGCGGCCAUCACAUCGCGAUUCUAAACAAUAUUACAAGUGCUUUCCUUGCACUGCAAUACUAAAGGUACUCUUCGUUUCUGAUCCCUUGCAAUUACAUUCUCAACACUUCACACCUUACAAGAAUUGCAGACUUGGCUAAUAAGGAACUUGUCCACCAUACAAACUAAGAUGCCAUUAUCUGCGAAACAAUUCAGUAAAACCUUCAAGAUGGAUUUGAUUGGUUCAAAUUUUUUAGUUUGUUUAUAGAUUUAACAAGCCUUGAAUCUCUGCAUGUUUUUUUUCCAAGAGCUCUUCUUUUUCAUCUUUUUUCUGGACAUGACUUGCUUGUUGAUCUUAAAUGAGUAUUUUGUUUAUAAGAUGGGCAUGACUUUGGUUUGUUGGGUAUUGUUUGCAGUCUGAGCUUUUUUAAGGCACGCUGUUUAUCUAUCUGUCUUUGUACUUUCUUAGAUGUAACAGAAGGGGUGCUGGAGUAUGUGAUUAUAG